UUAUUAUUUAAUGUGCAAAGUUUCUUUGUAGUAGAUUGUUUAACCCAUAAAUUCUAUCGAUCAGAGACAUCUACGAUAAACAUAUAGAAAUUUUGCAAUUACAGAGCCAUCUAUAAAAAGUUUAAUAAAAUUCCUCCUAAACAAAGUUGUCAAACAUAAUUUUAAAUAUGAUUUCAUUUGUUCCAGUCAUUGGUGAUAGAUAUGAAGAUAAUAAUAUAAGUUUUUUCUGUUAAUCCACGAUAAAGAUAAAGAUAAUAAUCUACAUUUUCCGAAAUGGAUUUUAAGAGUUUACACGUUACAUAUUUUGUAUGUGCUUCCCUUAAGUUACUUUUUACGACAGAUUGGUUAUUAAAAAAAGUAUAUAUAUAAAAUGAUACUAGAUUUACGUAUCGUUUUUAUAUUUUUAAUAACAAAUAUCGUUUGUUUUGCAUAUGAUUGUUUCUUACAAAAUGAUAAUUAUAGAUGCAGACUAGGAUCAAAAACGCCUUACAGAUUUAUAGGUUACCAACAUGAUACACCUAUCGAAUAUUCAGGAUGUAAACCAAAAAAGAUUUGGUUGAUAUUAAGACAUGGCACAAGAUAUCCUGGAAAGAAAAAUGUACCUCAUAUGAUAAAGAAUCUGCCAGAAUUGCAGAAAAUUAUAUUAAAUAAUUAUAAAAUGAAUAAAACCAAUUUAUCUCAUGAUACUAUAAUUAAAUUAAGUAAUUGGAAGUUAAGAUUCACAAAGAAUGAUAUGAUGAAUCUUGCAAAGGAAGGAGAGAAUGAAAUGAUCGAUCUUGGUGAGAGAUAUCAAUCUAGAUUUCCUAAUAUUAUGCCAGAAAUAUAUAAUAAAAGAUCUUAUAAGCUCAAAUAUACUGCAACACAAAGAACCGAAGAAAGUGCUAAACACUUUGCUGUUGGUUUAUUUGGUUGGCAAAAUAGUCAAAAUGUUGAAUAUCCUAAACCAAAGCAUAAAGAUCCUAUUCUAAGGUUUUAUAAACGUUGUACUCGUUGGAGUAAUGAAGUUUCGAAAAAUAAAUCUGCGCACAUUGAGAAAGAAAGAUUUUUGAAAAGUGAACUUUUGACAACUACAGUGAAAAGUGUUUCAAAAAGAAUCGGUCAUCAAAUCAAUUAUGACACUUUAGAUUUAAUUUAUGCCAUGUGUGCCUUUGAAACUGCAUGGUACAAGGAUGAAGAUUCACCUUGGUGUGAAUUAUUGUCAUUGGAUGAUUUUAAGGUUCUUGAAUUUGCAAAUGAUAUAGAAUAUUAUUGGAUCGAUGGAUAUGGAUACAAGAUCACUUAUGAACAAGCAUGUGUAGUUUUGUUGGAUAUUUUUAAAUUUUUCUCGGAAGACAACGAAACAUUAGCAUCAAUAUAUUUUACGCAUUCUGGAACUAUCCUUAAGUUUUUAGCAAGAUUAGGAGUAGCACGGGAUAAAAUUCCAUUAACGCACGAUUCAUUUCGAUUACACGUAGAUAAUAGAGCUUGGAGAACAACGUACAUCGAUGCUUUUGCAUCAAACAUAGCUUUUGUUUUGUACGAUUGUGAAUCGCAAGGACCUAGCAUUCUUUUUAUGCAUCAAGAACGUGUUGUAUAUUUGCCAAAUUGUCCAAAGAAUAUGCCAUGUCCAUUGUCAACAAUGAAAGAUUUAUAUCCGAGUAACGAGGAAGAUUGUCAAUUUGAUGUUAUGUGUAAUUUGUAUGAAAACGACAUGUCAUAUAUCGAUGAAGACGACGUAUGAUGGCGUCAUUCGGACGGACUCGGAUAAUAAUUAGAAUUUUAAAAAGAAAUUUUAUUCCUAUACGAAUAAAUAAAAGCAAAUUUUAAUCGGCA